UCACAUUUGUCAACUGUCAAAUGUUUGUUUUUCUAGAAAGUUUACAAAUUUAGGGCUUAAUUGUUGUAAAAACACAAAUAAGGCGUUUUAUUUUACGUUAAUGUCCUUUUUCAGUGGUGAUUAUGGCCGAAUGUGAGUCUGGUGAGAAGCCCAAAGUGCAAGUUAAGCACGAUUGGUACCAAACGGACGUUGCUGUUGUCAUUACAGUACUUAUCAAGAACGUCAAGGAGGACAAUUUAUGCAUAAAUUUUGCAAAAAAUUGUGUCACUGCAAAAAUCAAAUUUCCAGAUCAGGACGAUAUUGAUCUUAAAUUUAACGUCUCGCAUGAUAUAGUCCCUGAACAAUGCUCAUACAAACUAACCCCGUCGAAGAUUGAGGUUAAGUUGAAAAAAAGCGAAGGCAUUAGAUGGGCGAAACUGGAAGGGCAUGAGGACCUCCCAAAGGCAAUACCUGUAGAAGUACCCCAAUCGAGCGGCCCCCCGAGCUAUCCUACCUCCAAAAAAGGCAAAGACUGGUCCGUUGUGGAGAAAAAAAUCAAAGAAGAGGAGGCGAAGGAGAAACCAGAGGGGGAAGAAGCCCUCAAUAAGCUGUUCCAGGAGAUUUACGGCAAGGGGAGCGACGAGGUUAAACGAGCAAUGAAUAAGAGUUACAUGGAGAGUGGGGGGACGGUUCUCAGCACGAAUUGGGAUGAAAUAUCAAAGGAGAAGGUUGAUGUGAAGCCGCCGGAUGGCAUGGAGUUCAAGAAAUGGUAGUUUUUUUGUAUUUAAAUAAAUUAUUGUCAAUAAA